UGGACAACGGGGUAUACAUUUCAUGGGGAUGCUGGUCGAGUGUUUGCAGAAUUUUUUGGUGGAGAUAACCCCUUUGCAGGUACAUUGGUCUUUUUGGCUCACGCAUUUGUUAAUCAAAAACAAAACUAACCUAAAUAUGGCACACUUUGUCAGUUUUGAAAAUUUUUCUCUGAGCUGUGAAAUAGAAAUGCUGAGGUUAUCCCUUAUCUGAUUCCUGUUUCAGAAUUGUUCGAUUCCUACGAUCCAGAAAUAGGGUUUGGCGGGAUACAUGGUCGUGGUCGCCGCAAGCAGGAUCCACCCAUUGAGAGAGAACUGUACCUUACCCUAGAAGAAGUGUUUAAAGGUUGUGUGAAGAAAAUGAAAAUUUCAAGAAGGGUAAGAAAUGGUGUAGUACUACGUACAUUGAGGACAUGUUCAAUUUUAUUCUUGCUUCAUUUUUUAUUCUUCUCUGUUUUUGUAUGUUUAAUGAAUAAAAUAGCAGUUGUUGCCGUUUCCUUUAAGCCGUAAAGUGGGGUUUAUGCAAAAGAUGUCUGAGGGCUUUGUGCAAAACAGGGCAGAAGAUAAGCAGUAGGGAUAGAAGCAGGAUAGCAAAGGAAAUGUUUUCCUUUCUUUCUUCCCCAACCCUUCUUCCUGCCUUUUUUUUUUUUUGCUUAUUUCCUCGCUCUUCUUGUGCACUUCUCCCACAUGGCUAAAAGGAAGCAGAAAUGACUGCUACGUAGCCUGACAACAAAUGAACCAGGUAUUAGACCACUACUCUACUUCUCCGUCUACUCUGGCUUCUUAAAACUUCUGUGUAUUUUCUUCACAACUGCAGGUGUGAAGUAAAAUAUGCAGCAUAUUCUCUGUUAAUUAACAAAGUGAACUACACUGCUGAGAUGCCAACCUCUGGAGAUCUAAAAUCUGGAGACUCUCUUUUUCACUACCCCUCGCCAAAAAAUUGACCCAGCCCACAACAGGAAUGGCUUAGGACAUAGUAUGAAGUCUCGCAUGAAUUGCAUACUACCAAAGUUGGCGAUCAUUGUUUUAAUGCCGAAAUUAUCUUUGUCAGUGACUAAAUACGUGUAAAAAUGCCCCAGAAACUGCACUACGAAUAAAAAAAAUGCAAAUUUAGAGGCAAAAAUGGGCUAAAUCUCAAACUAAAGCACAGAAAAGCUCAAAAGAUGAUAUUUUAUCCAGGAGAUUUAGCAACAGUGCACUGUAGGUCAAAGUUUUUUUUAGAUGUCUAAUAUAAAUGUAACCUUUGCUCUCUCUGUCAGGUAAUGAAUGAAGAUGGACACACAUCAAACAUCAGGGACAAGAUUUUGACCAUUAAUGUAAAGCAGGGAUGGAGAGCUGGAACAAAAAUAACUUUCCCCAAGGAGGGAGACCAGGGCCCCAACAAUAUUCCAGGUAACAAAGUCAGCUACCAUACAGUAAUGUAAGCCACAUAGAGGACCCCUUUUGCAAGACUUUUGAGAGAAAUGCCAAUGGAUUAUGAAGUUCAGCCAUUUUCCUAUUGGUUUUUAAGGAAGGAGAACAAAUAAUUAAUUUGUAGUUCAAAACCAUGCUUGGUUAUGUUGACCUGUUUUGGCUUUUGGCAAAUUAUUUUUAGUUUAAUCUUUUUGUUUCUCUUUGCCAUUUUUUUCCUUAUGCUUGGCUUUCCAAUAGGAACUACACAAGCAUUACAUAUCUAAUUUUCUGUUUUGUUUUUUUUUUCAGCUGACAUUGUGUUUAUUGUAAAAGACAAGCCUCACCCAAUAUUCAAGCGUGAUGAUGACAACCUCGUCUAUACUGCCACUGUUCCUCUUGGAAAGGUAAAUAAAGAUCAUGAAUUAAAGCAAUUACUGUGUUGACCACUCACUUUUUAACCCCCAAAUUUAUUUCCAGCUACAUAUACCACUCUCUCCCUAUUAAUUUUUGUUGAGAUUGCAAGUGCAAUGUUAGCUCAAAUAAUCCACUGGAAGUGGAGGGAAAUGAUUUUAAAGAAAAAAAGACUCAGUAUAAGCAAAUGAGGCCCAAACAGCUGGAGGUAGAGCUAUCUUGUUACUCUAGACAAGAAACUGUGUUAGUCUCUCUCUACCCAGUUGAACAUUAAAAUGUCUACCGGCAACAUGCUAAUACCCCUAGGUGUUUCUGAUACUGAAAAGCCCUCUUUCAAGUCCUCCCUGUAUUGUAUUUUAAGGGUUGCAGUUGCUGCCUGCAGUAUGUAAUGCUAGACAGUGCAAAGGGAGUUUUCUUUUCCAAAGAAACUAUGCAGUGACAUGGCUUAGAAUGCAACAUUCUAAAGUCAAAUCCAUCAACCAAUAUGGGACUUAAAUGGGGUGAAUAAUUUUUUAUUAUUAUUUCUGGUGAGCAGUUUAAUGCAAGUCAAUUAUUAUUGUUGUUGUACUAGGCACUCACUGGUUGUGUGGUAGAUGUACCAACACUUGAUGGCAGACUUAUCAGCAUUCCCAUCAAUGACAUUGUCAAGUAAGUCAGAACGCAUCCUAAUCUUGCUGUUCCUGUGGUACAAAGGCACAAAUUUUCGAGGUAUUGGGGUGCCUGCCGAUUAGCUGCCCCAACUCAUUUUCUCAGGGGCAUCUCGGCCAGGAAACUGGACUCCUUUUGACACGCUUUCGUUUCCGUAGGUGACGAACACGGAUCCGUAAUCAAUGAUUACCUCUAGUGCUUACAAUGUAGAUGUCCACAAACAACAUAAGAAAAUUAAGUUGAUAAACUGUGCCAAGUUAAAGUGGUCAGGAGGUUUACAGUGAGUCAGACUACAAAAAAUGAAAACUAGACCUUUUUGUGGAGCAUUGUGCAGUAGCAUAUGUAGGGGAGGGACCCAGGCCUCAACCUAAUUUAUGGGCUAAAGUGCAGCGGGGCUAAAAUACAGGUCACUUUUCCACACGUCAGAGUACAGGUCACCGUGAUACAGAUAAACAAACUGCAUUAAAAGUGUCUCCUAGCCCUAAUCUCCUAACAAAAUGCUCUAUUAGAUCAAGUGGAAUCUGUGUGGUUUGGUAAUUUAUCGAUGGAGCAGUGACCUGUACUCUUGACCUGUAGAAUGUGAUCUGUACUUUAGACCGGGCAGCUAAAGUGAUAAACACAGGGCUGAGAGAAAAUAAUAUUUUUUUAGUUUGGGCCCUUGCUCCUCUUCUCUCAGGGUUGGCAUGAAAGGGAUUUUCACCUUCUUAAAGAUCUAGAUCUGCCAUUGUUGUGUCAAGCAACAAGCUUUGAAAGAAAAUGUUGCAGCUUCAUAAGUUUGUCAGGAAAGACUAUUAUCAUACCAUUAAACUUUGAUAACUUCACAUUCCUUUUUCAGACCUGGAUAUCAAAAGAUAGUUCCUGGUGAAGGAAUGCCCAUCUCCAAAAAUCCUAAUACAAAAGGAGAUCUUAUAAUUCAGUUUAAUAUCGAGUUCCCAAACCAACUGAAUCCAGAGCAGAAGAGAAUGUUAAAAGAAGCACUGCUGCUUGAAUCAUAA